ACUUCAUCAUCAGCGAGGAAGCUCUGCAUAUUUCUGGGUUUAGAAAAUAGUUGGAGAGAAGGAAAGCUGGGUAAUUUUCUUUGUAUCUCUGCAAUUUUUGUUUGGGUUCAUCCGACUUAGAUGAUUUGGUUAGUUAAGAAUCAUCUUACACUAAUCUAAUUGGGUUUCGAUGUUGCAAUUGUGACUUCCAACCAAACCACCGACCAUCCCGAGGCUGACAAGUUCCGAUGUCUCCAACCACAAGCUCAUGUUCGGUUUAUAAAUGUGGUGAAUGAAGACGGCGGUGAAGAGGCCGUGACAGCCGCCGCAGCAAUCGAAGAUGGAGGAGAUAAGGCGGUUUACAGAAGUAAUCGAUGCUCAGGACAAAUUGUGUGGAGAGAAUUUAUUUAUUUUUGGAUUCAGAGCCAACGAAAAGCUGCGAAGACGAAGGAGAUGGCUGAAGAGACAGUGAAGCCUAUUAGGUUACUAAAUUUCGUCUCGGAGGAACAGUUAGAUGAAUCGAAGAAAGAAAGAGGCGAGAGAGUUGAAGAUGGAACAUUCCAGAGAGACAGGGCUCUGUACGAGAUUCUGAAAGAGAACAAAGACAAGAAGGACGCUGAGUUUAACGAACGAUUCAAGCAUAGACCACCCAAGGCGCUGGAUGAAGAUGAGACUGAGUUUCUCGAUAAACUCGAAAUGUCAAAGAGAGAAUAUGAACGACAAUUAGCAAAUGAAGACGAAGAACAGCUCCGUAGUUUCCAGGCAGCGGUUGCAGCACGAUCAGCUAUCCUUCACGAAUCAAAAGAAGCAGCACCGUCACUACCAGCUCCAACCACUAAGGAACAAAAACCAAGCGGGAAGAGAAAACCAGCGACUCGUCCAUUUAACGCGAUCAUAAAAGUCAAGCCACAACCGAAGAAGGUUAAAGCGACAGAGGAAGAGAAGACAGAAACCUCAGGGAACGGAAAACCGGCCAGCCAUAUCGACCUGACCUCUUUUGAUUCUGCAAAAGAAGCCAAUGUUACAGGUAAAACUCCUGCAGCUCUGCAAACGGGUUUAGCCUUAGUCUCAUAUAGUGAUGAAAGUGAAGACGAUGAUUAACAUUUUUGUUUCACUGACACAAGCAUCUGUAAACACUGGCAAUGAAUCGAAAAAUGAAAACUUUUU